GAAGGACAGAGAAAUUGGGUUGCACACACGGAAGGAAGUGCAUCGUUUUUAAUACGAUAGAACCUCUCUAUGCUCAUACUCUCAUGUGUCGGCUCAUGCUAAUUUUUUUUUUUUAAAUCAAUAUUUGUGUUGUUGUUUUUGGGAUGAACGUGAUGACCUUCAACCCAAGCGUGGGACCGCUACCUGGGAGGAGAGCCAGGUUGUGAUGGUGAGAUUGGUGACGGAAUGGCAGCAGGCGAUGGAAUUCGGGAGGAGCGGCGCCGUGACCAUGCCCGGUGAAGAUGUCGCUUCGGGGGCUCGGGCCUCCCCACUGGUGGGGUAUUUGGGAAAAGUCCAAGAGAGGGUGGGAUCUCUGGACCACUGUCCGUGGUGUGCGUCCAAAGGUCAGAGCUCUACCUUGCGCUCAUACCGCUUAAACCUGCACGAGUCCAUCACGCUAUGCACGGAGCCACAGUGCCUCUUCCCCUUGGUCAGUUGUCCUCUGGAGGAAGUUAUGGCCCGUUUGGUCCCGGCGGAGACGGUGGUCGUAGAUAAAAAGCGAAAAUUACAGCUGGAAGACCGAGACGACUCUGGGGAAGUCCAAGUCAAGCGCCUGCGCCCGGAUGCACUCGGUGCAGAUGCGGAAAGCCGUCCUGAGGUUGCCGUGACGCGUGGCGAGCGAGCCAAUGGGCAAUCGGCGCGCUGUCCGUCAGAGGAAAACCCGCCCUCUCCGUCUUCUAUCAUGUCGACAACAGAAGAGGAUUGCAACUCCUUGCGCAAACGUGGAAGCGCUCUCGAAGAUGUUAACACUAACCUCAAAGAACCCACUGAAUCUUGCGUCGAGGAACCUGUCAAUGAUAUCUUUACGGAAUCAGUGGAUGCUCAUGUUGGGGAACCUGUCGUCGCGCCUACACAGGAGGAACUUGUGAACGAUUGUCUCAAGGAACCCGUUGAUGCUCCCCUUGAGGAACCCGUCGUUGCUAACGUCGAGCAACCCGUCCUCACUCACAUCCAGCAACCCGUCAACACUCCCAUCGAAGAAUCUGAAUCCUUGCUGGAGUAUAACAACUUGAAUAACCCGCAGAAGGCGCUUAAUCCCGUGCUGCCUAUUCCCACCCAGGAAAUGCACCCUCUCUUUUGGAAAGCGCAGGAGAUCUCUGCCGACAAGCCAGCAGAUGUUUCCGUGGAUGAGCCUGUGAGUCUGGAUAACGAGACAAACGUGACGACGACGGGCACUCACGAGGACGUGUCCAUCGGCUCAGCCUCGCUACUGGACGCAUUCCAGGGGCUGUCCCAUGAUGACAUCAUCACACUUACCCUGGAAGAGAUCCAAACUGAGCCGGCAAUGGAUCAAGAAGCACUUCCGGACUGUAUUCCCAUACCGGAUAGCUCCUCCGGGAUACACAAAGAACCUGGCGAGGCCAAAGAUGGGGAUUUUGACCCAGCUUCAGAGGAAGCUGGAAAGAUGAGCAAAGAGGGCUCCCAAGUCAAACGACAACCGAUGAGAAAGUGCAGGAUAAAACCACAAGAACUGGAUGCUGGAGAUUCCCAGCCGCCUCCUCCGAUCGUUCAAAUGGCGACGCACGUGCCCUCCACCAAACCGCCGCCUUCGAUCCCUGACUCUCGCUUGUCGGACAUGCUCAGCCUCCUGCCUGACAAUCAAAGGCGGACUGCCAACGAGCCCCCUCCUGUGCCCACUGCUCAUGUCCGAUCCCCUCCCAGUUAUUCCACGCCAGUGCUACUUAGGACGCCAGCCAUCCCUACGCCGCUUUGCCCCAAACCUCAUUUACUCCACGCCGAAGACGAUGCCGGCCUCCCGCUGAAAGCAGCCGAGACGUUCCGUGCAUUCACCUCCACCGUCCAGUCUCCACCGUCGUUGCCUAAAAGCACUUGUCGAAGCAGCGUCAAUAUUUGCGGCAGCGACACGGACACACUGCGCCGCAAGCUGCUGAAGAAGCUGAAGGCCAAGAAGAAGAAGCUGGCUAAACUCAACCAGCUGCUUGCGCGUCAGCCUGACAGCACAGCGACAAUCUCGCCGGUCAGCAUGCGCAGCUCUGUAUUGUCAUCCACCGCCCCCUCACCCGACAGUUCAGGCUUUCUCGACGGGCUCGCCGCCCGCCGAGAGGGGACCCUUGACGCGCUACCGCCGCAAACGGACGACUUCCUGGAUGAGCUUCUGCUGACAACAGCAACGGAGACUCAGCGAGCGAUGGAGAACGAGGCGCUCAGAGAACUAGAACUUUUUCUUUCCUAGUAACGGCACAAAUAGUUUUUCCUAGUUGAAAUCAAGAGAAACCGUGGCUCUAGUUCUCAAAAUAUACAUUUUGGAAAGUAUCCUCAUAUUUUUUUAUGGUCUGUUUUUUUUUUUUUUUUUACUUAUUCGUUGCCAUUGACAGCGAUAGAUGUCGAAUCCAUUUGAACAGGGUUGUCUGGCCUCACAGUCGAAACCUAUUGGAUAUCUCUUGCUGUCAAUUGCAGCGAAAAAGUUAAACAAUUUUCUAGCAUCUAAUUCUUUCAGAAGAAACAAUUUGCCUGUACACAAAUGGUCAGUUGUAAAAUCUGUACAAUUUUAAUUUAUUUUGUAAUAAAGCUCUUGGUUUUUGA